AUGGCCUCCGUGUCGGAGCUCGCCUGUAUCUACUCGGCCCUCAUCCUGCACGACGAUGAAGUGACGGUGACGGAGGAUAAGAUCAAUGCCCUCAUCAAAGCAGCUGGUGUAAAUGUUGAGCCUUUCUGGCCAGGCUUGUUUGCAAAGGCUCUGGCCAAUGUCAACAUUGGGAGUCUCAUCUGCAAUGUAGGGGCUGGUGGACCUGCCCCUGCAGCUAGUGCUGCACCAGCAGGAGGUCCUGCCGCCUCCACCGCUGCUGCCCCAGCUGAGGAGAAGAAAGUGGAAGCAAAGAAAGAAGAAUCUGAAGAGUCUGAUGAUGACAUGGGCUUUGGUCUUUUUGACUAA